UCCAACAGUUAUCCUCUCUUCUUCCUCUUCGCUCCGCCAUCGCUGGCCGCAGCCGUAGAGCUUGAAGUUUCGCGGCUUUACCGCUGCGUUAAGUUUUGUGGCCUCCGCCGCAGUGUAUGGUGCAUCCACCAAUGGUCUGCACUUAGGGAGGACCGCGUAGUACUACCAUCCAUGGGAGCAUGACGAUGGCGGUGUGGGUCAAGAUGCCAUCGGAUACCUCCAUGUUAUUUCUCAUCCGAUCACAGUAGCUCCCCCUCGCUGCCCUUUUCUCCGGGAGGAUGCUAUCGUCUGUCGCACGACUGCUGACAGCGCGCCUUCGAGGUGCUUCUCAAGAGUAUCGGCAAGUGCUCGAGGAUCGAUCGCGUGUCCUUUGCGAGGCGGAUCUAUAUCAGGAUGAUCUGUAUCAAUGCGUUUUCUUUGAUGGGCGAAACGCAAGAAAUCGUGCAUGUCACUCUUGAUCGUUCUUUCUUUUCGGGGAAGGUAUCUGAUUAUGGAAUACUGUGAUUUUCAUCUCAUGCUGCAUUCUUGCGGCAACCUAACCGAGUUCUUGCCUCUGACUCUGCUCCUUCGAGGGCUUCCCUUGUUCAGGGUUUUUCUGUUCAUGAAAGAUUGGAGAUACUGGACAGGAGAAAUGUUCCGAAUCAAGAGGGCUUUCUUUAAGAUCUUGAUACAAUCUCACGAACACUCUUCUGCUGUAUUCCCUUGAGAUCAAGCUACGACAAGGCUGUUGCCGUUCUUAUAGAUCUUGGAAAGCCAUGUUCUUGUGGAACAGAUUCAAGAGCCAUGGUUUGGAGCAAAAAUUGACCUCUUCUGUUUACUGGAAGUUGAGGACAAAUGGUGCCUGCAGCUCUUCUGCAUGAAAUACAGCAUACUGCUAAUUCAGCAACAUGGAUUAUUAAAGCUGCUCAAAUUUUUUGGUCAGAUUGCAAAAUUUCUCUUAGUGUCACAAUGAAGAAUUCAUCGAAUGAAAGAAGAAAGAGAGUACUGCCAUCACUCCACACCAACAAGACCAUGACGGGGAGAACUGGAAGUUGGACCUGACAUUUCAAUGACUACAGGUGAAGAGUGGUGUCGACAUCUGGUUCGCUGCUGGAAACCGGGAAGCGUGCGGCAGUCUGAUCGAGCCACGAGCUCACUGACGGUGAGGUGGACUGCGAACCCGAGCGAUCGCUGUGGUCAUCGAACCAACCGGGCGGAGGACCACGGAGAGGCCUGGACGGACGAAUUAGAUCGGGAUGGACGAACCACACGGCAGCGCGAUGGACGACUGCGUCACGGUUGGUUGGUUGCUGUGCGUCCUCCCCAUGAAUCAGCUUGGAACAGUCCUCAAUGAUGUGCAGGGGGAGAGGAGAAUCCAUGGGAGGGAUGCAAAGUCCAAGAGGGAAGAAGUUGGGGGGUGGUGGACGGGGGCAGGGCCAAAGCCACUUUUGCAAGGGAGAUUAAAGUAUGAGAGCAGCUCCAAAGACAUGCAUGGAGGUUCUUUGUUCUAUAUGCUUAGCUCUGGGAAUCUGAACCCCGUAGCGGACCCGAUGAAGAAGAAAAGGUUCAGCCGACGCCACGAACGAUCCAGAUCGCCGUAAAGCUCCAGGCAAAACUACUCUACUCCCAUGGAAUUACAAGGCAUAGUACAAUCAAUCUGCAAAUUGGGAAUCACAACACAGUGCACCAAUCAUCCAGAUUCAGCAGCAAGAAACAAGCAACCAAAUCAACAUCAAAUUCACAUCGCAAUAGGAGGAGAUGCAGGAUCUAUCGGAAGGUACCUCGACGGUCCAAACGAAGAAAUCCAAGGGCUCCGUGGACCGGCCCUUGCUCAUCUCCCCCUUCCGUGCAAAGAAACCCUACAUGUCGCAUCACGGUGACUCCCGCUCAAAUUCAAUUCGCAAAAUCAAGAACACCACCAAGAUUUCUAUGAAGAUUACCGUCUCGACGGACCGUAAUCUUAUUAUAUUUUAUCAUCCUAUCAUAAUUAUAUUUUUAGAUAUUUAACGUUUAAAUUAGAUUGAGAAAAUCUUUAAUUGUUAAUACGGUUCAGUUAGGGAAUCAAACACACUUAAAUUCAAAUUCGAAUGAAAUUAAUAAAUAUUUUUACUUAGAGGUAUUCUUUUAAUUCGAAUGAAAAAUGCCUUCAUAUUAUAACUUAAAUGACCUGAUAGAUGAGAUAUUAUUAAAAAAAAUCUUUAAUUUUAAUAAUUAAUUAUCAUAAAAUUUUUUAAAAAUAAAAUAAAUAUUAAUAAUUUUAGAAU